GCUCCGCCCAUUCCUCUCCUUGUGUUAUGAAAACACCACAGACACACGUGAGUCAGUAAACACAAACAUAGACAGAAGGACGAACUGGAGAAGGAAAGUAAAUAUCCAGCAGUUUGAUGAAGCCACAUCAUCUUUCCCUGGCAUUAUUUGCCGCGCUACUGCGCCUUUGUGAGAGCUACACUCUCAGAAACUCAGUAUCUUGGGCUGUCGCCUCCAACGAUGUCGUGGUGGAGGGAGAGCUGGACGCCGUUUCCGAGGAGGAGGUCGCCCCCGCUUUGCUAGUGGACAACAGCGGGCUGUGGAAACAGGCAUACCCGCCCUCCGUGUUACGAAAUGGUGCGGAGAAGCCCAAAGAAACCGUCAAAUCGAAAAAGGAGGAUGCAGCGCCCGUGUCAUCUGCCUCCAGGGUGUUCUCCUAUCGGAUGGAGGAGGUGAAAGCGCCCGCCAGUGCCCCCUCACCUCCCCCACAUCAGGAGACGGCGAGAACAGCCAGAUACAUGGCCCACUACAGCGACUGGGGACAUCUCGCCACCAUUUCCACUCAAGACAAGAUUAAGGGCCUUCCUUUCGGGAAUAUCUUCUCGGUCAGUGAUGGCCCAAUGGACAACAGUACAGGUGUUGUCUACUUCUACGUCACUCUGAUGGACAACUCUGUAGCAGACCUGAGAAGCUUCCCAUUCGCCUCUCUCACCUUUUCAGAGGCAGAGGGAGACUUCUGCAGGCAGCAGGUGUAUGAUCCUGAGGACCCACGCUGUGCCAGACUGACCCUGACAGGCAAGAUGGUGGAAGUGGGCCCAGAGGAGGUGGAGUUUGCCCAGGAGGCCAUGUUCUCUAGACACCCUGUGAUGAGGAAAUGGCCAGUGGGACACAACUGGUUCUUUAUGAAGCUGGAGCUCAAACAGGUCUGGCUCCAGGAUUGGGUUGGAGGGGUGUCACUCAUCCUCCUGGAAGACUACUUCAAAGCCACACCCUACUGAGAGGAACUUCAUCCACAGUUUAUAUUAAUUUACUGCACAGUGCCAAAUAUGACACACGUGUACCAAUAUAAUACAGGGUGUUAGCAUCUCUGGGUGCCACAACAGCUGUCCUCUGACCAUAUUCAUCACCACUCAAACACAUAACAGAAUGGGAGGAUCUAAAAGCUCCAGUUCUGGAAUAUUUUGAAGAGAAAUGGGGGAUGGGGGUGUUCAGUUCUAGAUAUUCUCAAGGCUGAGUGUGAGUGGUCUAACCAUGGUGCAUGUAGAGGUAACAACUAAAUGUAAGAUGUCCCCAAUAUCAACCAGUGUGCACUAACUGAUUAAAGUGCUUCCACAGUUCCUGGGGAAAGCUUCUACAGAAUGUGAAUAUCAAUGACUUUGAUAUUGAGUUUUGUUGAGUGCCGCAUACUGUCAAGUCACAUUUCUAUUUUGUGCUGAGUCUGAAGAAAUCAUCUUUUAAAAUGUAAGUGUCAAUGACAUUGUGCAUGAUCUAAAGGAGAAGUUUAAUUAAUGAUACAUUGUUAUAGAUUGUAAAACUGUGUACAUGCAAUGUUGGGAACAUAAUACAAAUGAUUUGGUCAAAUAA